AUGGGCAAGAAGUGGAUUCCCCUGGAGGCAAACCCAGAGGUGCUGAACGAGUUUGCGCAGAAACUGGGAGUGUCUUUGAACGGAUACGAAUUCUGUGACAUUUAUGGACUCGAUGAGGAGCUGCUGGCGAUGGUUCCUCGGCCGGUGAUCGCCGUGCUCCUGCUCUUCCCCAUCACCGAUGCCACAGAGGCCGCUCGCAAGCAGGAGAAAGAGGAGAUAGAUGCCAAGGGCCAGGAGGUCAGCCCCUCCCUGUACUACAUGAAGCAGACCAUCGGAAACGCCUGCGGCACGAUCGCGCUGCUGCACGCGGUGGCCAACAACCGGCAGGCGCUGGGACUGGCCGAGGGCUCCUUCCUGCAGCAGUUUCUGGAGGUGACCGCUGGCAUGGGGCCAGCGGAGCGGGGGGGCUACCUGGAGAGCCCUCCCGAGGGGGCGCCAGACAUAGACUCCAUUCACGAGGCGGCAGCGCAGCAGGGCGACACGGCAGCCCCCUCUGCCGAUGAGGAGGUCAACCUGCACUUUGCCGCGUUUGUGUGCCGCGAAGGUGCCAUCUAUGAGCUGGAAUGCAGGAAGGCCAGCCCCAUCAACCACGGGCCGUGCGCGGGCGAGGAGCUGCUGGAGGCGGCAGCCAGGGUGGUGCGGGAGAAGUUUGUGGAGCGCGCUGACAGCAUUCAGUUCUCGCUGAUCGCGCUGGCCGCAGCCCAGGGCGGCAGCUAGCCGGCCGGGCUGCCCGCGGCGGGGAGCGCCCGCCGACUCUCUGAUGU